AUGGCCUCCUCAGUCUGCGGCGACGUGGGAUUAUUGGCUAUGGACGAGGAGGAGGCGCGUGACGUCGUUGUAGAGACUGCGGAGGCUGAGAGUGCGGUCGAUAUGGGCGAUACCCCUGCUGUGGAGGAUGAGGGGGGUUGCGGCGGCUGGUGGAGGAGAAGGAAGCGGGUGCCUGAGCCGGUCAGGAAGGCGGAGACGUAG